GCGCAAGCGUGAUCUCCGCGGUGGCGCGGCGAAGAUGGCGGCCUCCGGUUGGGUGCGCGCGGCCCUGGUCCUUCUCUGCGCCUCUGACCUGCUGCUGCCGCCGCUGCUGCCGAGGGCCUGCGCUGCCGAGGGCGCGGCCGGGACGCCCGGGGAGGCCAGCCCGCCCCCGCGGAAGAAGAAGAAGGAUAUUCGCGACUACAACGAUGCGGACAUGGCGCGUCUGCUGGAGCAGUGGGAGAAGGAUGACGACAUCGAAGAGGGGGACCUCCCGGAGCACAAAAGACCCUCAGCCCCUAUCGACUUCUCCCAGAUAGACCCGGGCAGGCCCGAGAGCAUCCUGAAGAUGACGAGGAAGGGGAAGACGCUCAUGAUGUUCGUCACUGUGUCCGGAAACCCCACUGAGAAGGAGACGGAGGAGAUCACCAGCCUCUGGCAGGGCAGCCUUUUCAACGCCAACUACGACGUGCAGAGGUUCAUCGUGGGGUCCGACCGGGCCAUCUUCAUGCUUCGGGACGGAAGCUACGCCUGGGAGAUCAAGGACUUCUUGGUCAGUCAGGACAGGUGCGCCGAUGUGACGCUGGAGGGGCAGGUGUACCCCGGCCGGGGAGGCGGCGGGGAGAAGAAUAAAACGAAGCAGGAGAAGGGCAAGAAGAGGAAGGAGGGGGAGCCCAAAUCCCGGGCCGCCGAGGCCGCGAAGGAAGACAACCGAGCCGGGAGUAAGAGGGCGGAGCUGUAACGGGGCCUCCCCGGCCGCCUCGGGGGCGCCCCGGGCUCGGGCUCGGGCUCGGGCGGGGGCGGGAGCCACUCCCCGGAGGAUCCUGCGCCCCGCGACCGGUGGGCGUCCACGCCGGAGUUCCCGUUUAAGAGGCUUCGAGCGAGAAGACGGCGGCCUCGGCGUUAGCGUCGGACUCCGGCGCGUUCGAGGUUCCUGUAAAAUCACUGUAAAUGGAAACGGUGGCCCUGCGCGUCCGGGGCGGCACUGGCUCCGGAGGCACCCCUCCCCCUCACUGCCCUGGCUCUGCCCCGGGGGCCGCCGUGUCCCUGCCCCCCUCGUUUCCGCUAGCCGGACGGCCGCCGGGUCCCAGUCAGCCGGACAGACGCCGUCCCUGGGACCGGGCCCCGCGGGCCGCAGACCCCGCCUCCGUGACCGCGAACUUCCGCCCUGGCGCAGGGCUCGGUGCCCGUCCGCGCCGCACGGUCGGGACGCGGGAUGCGGCACCCCGCACGCGCGCGGUCACGUGGACGUGCACCGUCCCGACUUUGAAUUUGACUGGAAUCCCCGCCGUCAGUCGGGGACACCUCCCGACAGCCUCCGGUUUCGCGCGGUCUGUAAAGGCCGGGAGUUGUGCCUGUGUCCUGCUUGGGGCGGCCGUGCGGGCGGCGAGGGCUCAAACGUGCCACUUCAUGUGACGGCCGUCAGGGUGUGAAUCGGGAGCCGGCGGCGUGUGACGGAAGACUCCGUAACCUCAUCGUUUCUAAACGUUUUUUUUGACAAAGUGCCUAAA